AUGGUGUUUGGUGUGCUCACUGCUGUUGUGUUCCAGCUAACGGCUCCAAGCAAUGACUACUGGGGGGAAUACGGGGCCUAUGGGCCGUGCAGUCGACCCUGUGGCACUGGAGUAGCCAUGAGGACAAGGGCAAUGUAUCACUGCAAGGUAAGAGAGAGAGAGAGAGAGAGAGAGAGAGAGAGAGAGAGAGAGAGAGAAUAGAUAGGAGAGAGCGAGAAGAGCGCGAGAGAUAGAGAGAGCAGAGCGAGCUAUAGAGAUAGAUCUAUCCGAGAGCGACCCUAGAGGCGAUAGAUUGCGCGAUGAGUAGUUUGCCGGCUCUCCAUAUGCGAUUUUGGUUAUCGGUUUCCUUGAGCGGAGCGGUAUGAGUUUUUUUUCUUCAUUAUCUCUCUCGUUGUCUCGAAUGUAGUGGUAUCUCUACUAUGUUUUCUCUCUUACUCUCUGUUUUCGUCUUUUUUGGUCUGUGUGUUCGUUGCUUCUCUGCAGUCUGCUUGUUUCGGCUCUUUAUUUGUCUCGGUCGUUUUCGCCGAGCGUCUCUCUGUUUCACGCUGCUCUUGUGUUGUUGUCCUUGACGCAGCGCGUUGGUCCCUCCGGUAGUUCUGGCGCGUGCGGCGUGUGCGGGAGUGCUUUGGCGAUAGGGUUUUGAGUGUGAAAGGAUCUUUGAGUAGAAUUCAGGCUCGUUUUGCUGCUGGCGAUCGGCUCGUUCGUGGCGCGUUCUCCUUGUGAGCUCUUCAUCGGAGCCUGUCCUCUCAGUUGCGGGCGGUUUUUUUUUUGUUGCGGGCUUCUUGCAUCGCGUUUGCUCACGCCUCCUCCUCCUUUGCUACUACGCCCUCGUCUUUUCUGACGUUGAUGUUUGACGUCUUCGAUUGCCCCCCCGCGUGCGUCGUCGCCGACCGCUCGCCGUUUGCGCCGCCCCGCAGAGAGUGUGCGCGGCUUGUCCUUUCUGACACUCCUUCUCUUUGACUUGCAGGACAGACGGAGGAAACAACUGCGUGGGAUCUUCAAAAUCUUACCGCACCUGUAACACGCAGGUACACGCACACACACACACACACACACACACACGCACACACACAAUCCCCCCCCCCCCCCCCCCCCAUGAAAACACUAACAGACUGAGAUUGUCUGUAAUUGCUCCAUGCAGGCAUGUCCAGUGGGUUCCAGGGAUAUCCGUGAGGAGCAGUGUGCCCAGUUUGAUAGGAUGGACUUCCAGAGCAAACGCUACACCUGGCUGCCAUACCAUGGAGGUAAAAUAGGGAUUAUAUGCAAAUAAUAACGUUUAAUAUUUCACUGUGAAUUAUUACCCAUAUCCACAUUAUACAUACAUGAAGAAUGACUCACGUUUGCCGUUUACCUGUGAAGCGUCUAACCCAUGUGAGCUGAACUGCGUCCCCCGUGGAGAGAACUUCUUCUACAGACACAGGCCUGCCGUGGUGGACGGGACACCCUGCAAUGUGGGCCGCAGUGACAUCUGUAUCGAAGGCAUCUGCAGGGUAUAGUACUUACCUUAUGUCCUUCUUUUCAUACAACACUUAAUAGUUCAACAUGCCACACACACACACACACACACACACUCAUAUUGUCUUAAUCUCUCUUCUUAUCUGAUGUCUAGGCGGUGAGCAACGGAGAGAUCCUAGGCAUGGACCGUGACGUGGUGCCCGCCCCUCCCGCUCCCGCCACCAACCUCCGCCACCGAGAGUCCCUCACGUACGCCUACACAUACAGCGCCUGGUCCGAGUGCUCAGCCCCCUGCAACGGAGGCACACAGCACCGCAGUGUACAGUGCAUGGUCCAGGACUCGACGGCACCCCACGUGGUGGACGACUCUUACUGCAUCUCCCAGGGACUACCCAGGCCGGCCAGCCAGCAGGCCUGCAACCAGCAGCAGUGUGCCGAGUACAGUGUUUCCAGCUACAGUGGGGUGGGUACCGGUAUAGCCAGCAUAGAGUCGAUGUUAGCAGUAUGAAGACAGAGGGUAGAUUAGGGGAGUGUUUCCCAAACUUCUCCUUCAGUCCCCCCGAGCCAUUCCACUUAUUUGAGCCAUUCCAGUACUGGCACACCUGACUCAACACAUCAGGGCUUGAUGAUUAGUUGACCAGUUGAAUAAGGUGUGCUUGCACUGGACUAGAUCCAAUAAGUAGACAGGCUCUCAAAGGGAGGUUCUGGAAACACUGGAGUAGAGGCUGGUUGUGGAAGAGGGGCUGUCAACAAGAUGUGUCUGUCAGAACAUAACAUCAUGUUCAACAUACUGUCUCCCUCCCUCCCUCCCUCUCUUCAUAGCAGCGAGGUGUAAACUAUUGUACUAAACAACUACAGUGUCACACAGAAUGAUUCCCUAACGAUAUGUCCAAUGUCCAGUGCUCAGUGACCUGUGGUGAUGGCCAGCAGACCAGGGAGGUGUUCUGUGUGGGGGCGGGAGGAGAGCACCUUGGGGAGCAGGCCUGCAGUGGUCUGACACGUCCACCCACAGUCCAGGCCUGCCACAAUCUACCCUGUCAUACCCACAUCAGCUGGCACGUCAAUGACUUCGGACUGGUGAGAGAGAAAACCUUUUUUUAUGUUAUUGGGUCAAAAUCAUACAUUACAAAAACACUUUAAACGACAUACAUAAACAAUGAGAGAGAGAGUGAGAGAGAUACUUUCGACAUUAGACUACAGUACACCCUUAUGUAUCCUCUCAUCUUUCCCUACUUUUGUGUCACUUUGUCCCUCUCUAUCCUUCUAUCAUUCUCGCUCUCUCUCCCUCUUUCUCUCUCUCUCUCUCUGUUUCUCUUUCUCUUUCUCUCUCUCUGUUUUCUCUCUCUCUGUUUCUCUCUCUCUCUCUCUCUCUCUCUCUCUGUCCCUAUAGUGCUCUAAGAAGUGUGGUGGAGGGGUGCGUGAGAGAAGGGUGGUGUGUAUGGACAUAGAGCAGAACCCACAUGGGGAGGACAGAUGCGCCCCCCACCCAAGACCCCCCACCGUGGAGCACUGUAACACCCAGGCCUGCCAUGAAGCCCAGAGUGAGUCCAAUCCCUGUGUGUGUGUGUCUGCAUGUGUGUUUGUGUGUGUGUGUGUGUGUGUGUGUGUGUGUGUGUGUGUGUGUGGUGUGUGUGUGUGUGUGUGUGUGUGUGUGUGUGUGUGUGUGUGUGUGUGUGUGUGUGUGUGUGUGUGUGUGUGUGUGUGUGUGUGUGUGUGUUUCUACUCAUGCCUGUCCCUCUCUUUAUAGGUGUACCAAGUGUCCAGGACCCAAGAGGACAUGAUAGAACUCUGAGAGGAUUUGUGCCUUAUGACCCUUCAGGUGUGUGUGUGUGUAUCAGGGAAGUGUUUGUCUCUAUGCAUGUAUGUGUAUGAAUUUGUGUGUGAAAUUAUAAUCAUACAUGUGUGUAGACUGUCUUGGGAUAAUUAAGUAGAGACAGAAAUAGCUUACCUUUUAUUUAUCACUCAUUCCUCACUCCAACAAAUCAGACUAUCUUUCCUCAGGCUAAAGCACACUUCUCGGAAGCCUUGUUCACCCUACAAGCCUUAACACUCCAAUCAGUUUUGUUUUUCAAAUCCGUUUUGGUCUACAGACUGUCCAAACAGCAAGUUCAGACAGCAGUCAUUUUCUGACACGGCUACGCUAGUUGUCAUAGUAACAACAGGUGUGUGUACAGUGGUGUAGGCUGAUUGGUGGUGGUCAGUGGAGGCUGCUGAGGGGAAGACGGCUCAUAAUAAUAUCUGGAACGGCGCAAAUGGAAUGGCAUCAAACACAUGGAAACCAUGUAUUUGAUGUAUUUGAUACCAUUCCACAGAUUCCGCUCCAGCCAUUACCACGAGCCCGUACUCCCCAAUGAAGGUGCCACCAGCCUCCUUUGAUGGUGGUGCUAAAACACCAUUCUGUUAUAGUACAUACUGCAUGUCCCAGUUCUCUACGUCUAGACCAGGUGUAUCCAACUCUUACCUACGAGGUCCGGAGCCUGCUGGUUUUCUGUUCUCCCUGAUAAUUAAUUUCACCCACCUGGUGUCCAAGGUCUAAAUCGGUCCCUGAUGAGAGGGGAACAAUGAAAAAACACAGUGGAACUGGCUUCGAGGUCCAGAGUUGAGUUUGAGGGGUCUAGGCAGUGUUGUAAUCCAUCAUAAAAUCAUAGCUACAUAUAUACAAGACAGGUUCCACUUGCCAAAGUGGUAGACCUAUAUCUAAAUCUGAAAAUAUACUGUCUAGCUAAACAUACCUAUGCCACUACUACAGUUCUAUGUAUUCUUAACAUGCUAAUUUUUAUCCAGUUGGGUGUUUACUUUUUGUAUAUUUGUAUAUUUGUAUAUGUACAUUAAGUAUACUCUAGAGUUCAGGUGGGCCUUCCCGCUUCACCAAACAAAGGAAAGGAGGGUAGAUCAACAACAAUGACAAAAAACAAAAGAAGAGCUUACCAAGAAAAACUUCCAAAAGGACUAAUUCGAGGUCAAAUGGAGUUGGAGCACUCCACAAAAAAAAGGCAGAGAUGUAUUUAUUUUUGCUCACUUUAAUCCAUUGUACAGGAUGUGAACAGAUAACUGACGUUUCAACGUCAAGCUGACGUCUUCCUCAGAGUGAAAAAAGAAAUCACUCUGCCUUUCUUUGUGGAGUGCUCCCACGCCUUUUUACCUUGAAUUAGUCCUUUUGGAAGUUUGUCUUGGUAAGCCAUUGUCAUUAAGGACAGGCUAUGUGUAUACAUAAUGUAAACAUGUGACCUUAUAUGUGCUCUCUUUAGCCACUAACACAGUAUACGACCCAUACUCCACCGCUGUGGUUGGUCCCCACUGCGCCCAGUCAUACUACGGCUGCUGCCCGGAUGGCCACACAUCCGCUGGUGGGCAUAGAGGAGAGGGCUGUCCCACAGAUGACUGUGAACGCACCCGGUAAGACCUGGGGUCUGUUCAGUACGGCGCAACGCUACAGAACAUUACAUAACGUUCAGAUAGAGAUAGCAUUGCACAAGCAUUGACAAGCAUUUCGCUACACCCGCAAUAACAUCUGCUAAAUAUGUGUAUGUGACCAAUAAAAUUAGAUUUGAUUUGAUCACCAUAGUGUAGAACACACAUGGCACACAGAGGUUGAUUGUGACAAAAAUGUAAGUUACUUGCAGUCCAACUAGUGACUUUCAACUCGUUGGCCUAUAUGGAUGCCGUCUGUGUCCGUGUUUCUGUCUCAGCUGUCUUUGUGUUUGCCUGUUCAUACCAGCUACCUCUUUGUUUGUGAUCUGUAUCGUACCUGUGUGUGUGUCUGGUUGUCAGGUACGGCUGCUGUCUGGAUGGGGUGACUCCUGCUCAGGGUCAUGGAAGAGCAGGAUGUGCUGAUUACCACCCACACAUGGUAAGAGCUGCUACCAUCCAUUAUGCCUUACUAUACCACCCGUUUGUCUGUCUGUCUGUGUGUCUGCCUGUCUGUCUGUCUGUCUGUCUCUGACUUUCUCUCUCUCUCUCUCUCUCCCCCCCCAUCGCUCUCUCUCUCUAUCUCUCUGCAGGACCACUCCGCCCCAGCUCAUGCUCAGUCCGGCCAUAUGUGCUCCCUGUCACGUGACGAUGGACCCUGUGCCAACUGGACAUCCCGCUUCUACUACAACUCAGCCACUGGCAGCUGCACCCAGUUCUGGUACAGCGGUUGCCAUGGCAAUGCCAACAACUUUGUCUCCAGGGACGUUUGCCAGAGGGAGUGUGGCGGUGCCGUCGUGACACCAAGACAGGCACCCCCACCCGCACGGUCUGGCGUGAGGGUAAGGGCGGGUACAAGGGCGAGAGCAUACCGCGCCCGGUCUUAAGAGACACAGUAUGAAUGUGUUUCAGUGGCACACACACACCGUACAGAGGAAAGGAAAGAUAUGAAGCAAUACCAUAAACUACUUAAUCUGUGAACAAAUGUCAUCCAAAAUCUGACCUGCACCAUUUAUCUGUGCUUUCUGUCAUUGUUGAUAUCAAUAAACUGAACUGAACAAAUCUGUUGAA